GGAACGGUGGGAUUCAUUCAUUCACUCAUAACAGGAGGUACACAUAAACAAGGGAUCAUACAAAAUUUGGUGAGUCUUCAACUCAAAACAGGUUUGACUUGAAAGCAUUAUGGUUGGGAAAAAGGCUAUUGGUAUUGACCUUGGAACAACAUAUUCUUGUGUGGCUGUUUGGCAACAUGAGCAAGUUGAGAUCAUACCCAAUGAGCAAGGUAACAGGACGACACCAUCUUGUGUUUCUUUCAACGAAGUUGGACGUCUAGUAGGUGAAAGUGCUAAGAACCAGAUGAAUAUGAACCCCACCAACACAGUUUAUGAUGCAAAACGAUUGAUUGGAAGGAGAUUUAAUGACACCAAGCUUCAGGAAGACAUGAAGUUAUGGCCUUUUAAAGUUAUAAAAGGGACUAACGACAUUCCGAAGAUUGUAGUUGACUACAAUGGUGAAAAGGAGUUUUUCGCAGAGGAAAUUUCAUCCAUGGUUCUUGUGAAAUUGAAACAAGUUGCAGAGGCAUACCUUGGUGAAACCGUGACAGAUGCAGUCAUCACAGUGCCAGCUUAUUUUGAUGAUUCCCAACGCCAAGCCACAAUAGAUGCUGGUCUUGCUGCUGGACUUAAUGUUCUACAAAUAAUCAAUGAACCUACAGCUGCUGCAAUUACUUAUGGAUUCGACAUGAAAACUGAUAUAACUCACGACACAAAUGUGCUCAUCUUUGAUUUGGGUGGUGGAACAUUGGAUGUCUCUAUUGUCACCAUUAAUAACAAUGGUAAGAUAACUGUGAAAGCUGUUACAGGUGACACUCACUUAGGUGGUCAGGACUUUGAUAACGCAAUGGUGGAACACUUUAUGAUGCAAUUCAAUCAAAAGCACAAGACAGACAUGAGUGUGAAUAUAAAAGCAAUGGGGCGAUUAAGGGUAGGUUGUGAAAAGGCAAAACGAGCACUCUCUUCAACUACUGAAAUUACUAUCGAAAUCGAUGUUUUGCAUGAGGGUAUUGAUUUCUCUAUGGAAAUAACUCGUGCAAAAUUUGAAGAUCUUAAUGAAGAUUUAUUUAGUAAGUGCAUACAGUUAGUGGAGAAAUGUUUGGUUGACGCUGAAAUGAAUAAGACAGAAGUAAAUGAGGUAGUUCUUGUUGGUGGGUCAACUAGGAUACCCAAAAUACAAGAAUUGUUGUCAGACUUCUUCAAUGGGAAAGAGCUUUCUAAGAAUAUCCAAUCUGACGAAGCGGUUGCAUAUGGUGCAGCAGUUCUUACUGCAAAGUUAAGUGGCGAAAAUAGUCAAAAAGUGAAAAAUUUAGUGUUGUUGGAUGUCGUCCCACUUUCACUUGGUGUAAGUAUUCGUGAUGGCUCUUCAUCUGUUAUAAUCAAAAGAAAUUCCCCAAUACCAGUCAAACAGGAAAGAAUCUAUGUUACAAGUGUGGAUAACCAAAGUGCUAUUACUUUUGAUGUCUAUCAAGGUGAGAGAAGUAGAGCUAUAGACAAUGACUGGUUAGGGAAAUUCCAAGUUGCAGUACCAGUUGAAGUAAAGGGUAAGUCAAGGGUAAAUGUGGUCUUUGAAGUUGAUGUUAAUGGUAUUUUAAAUUGCUCGGCUGAGGAGUUAACCAGUGGCCUAAAGAAAAAGAUUAGAAUCAGCAAUGACAAGCAGAGACUUUCAAAGGAAGAGAUCGAAAAAAUGAUGAAAGAUGCUGAAAAGUACAAACUUGAUGAUGAGGAGAAUAUAAAGAAGCUUCUUGCACAUAAUGUCUUGGAGGAAUACAUUUACGACGUGAAGGCCAAAAUUAAAAGCAUAGGAAGCAUUGAUAACACAAAGAUCCCCAAGGAGGAAUUGGAAAAAAUGGAAAAUGCGAUAACGAGCGCAAACCAAAUUCUUGAUCUACACAAGCUUGUGGAUGUCGAUAAUUAUGAGAAAACACUAAAUGAGCUGGAAAAGGUAUGUGUUCCAAUCAUUGGCCAACUUGUGUAGUAAGAUAAUUUGUCUAUGGUGGUACUGUGGUAGUAAUGCUUUUCUUAUAAGCUAACGGGCUGGUUUUUAUUUUCCAAUAAGAGUUGGACAUUAGUUCAACAUUAAGAAAUGAAUUUGAUUUCAUCAUGUUUGUAUGAAUGAGAUUUAUUUCUCCUUUUCUUUUUCAAGUGUGUAACGUAUGAAUUUGAUAUGAUCAUCAGUGAUAUUGUCAUGUAUGUCAUGUAUGAAUAGAUUAUGUGUGUAUGAAUUUGGUUUGAUAAUGUGUGUAUGAAUGGGAUUUAUUUCU